CAGCCUCCCUCCGCCCAUUUGCACUCUCCUUAUUGGUGGAACACAAUCAGCGCUGCCACCACUCAUUGGUUGGCUGUCUGCAAUGGAACGCACAAUUUGUCGCCAUUUCCGUCGUCUGGAAGACGCAGAACCCACCCUUCUCUCUCUCCCACCUUUUGAGAUAGGUGGGGAAAGUUGCGAAGAAGAGCGAGAGCGACGCCAGCUAUUAACUAAUGGGGAGAGCUGAUAGUGUGAGGUGGAAGUAAGACUGACAGCGAUUGGUCGGCCAAGGUUCUCUGCGCCUAGGCGGGAGCUCCUGGAGGCGGAGGCAGCGGCAGGAGCCCCAGCAGAGUGGAGGGGGUAACAAGAUGGCGGCAGAGACGGUGGAACUCCAUAAGCUGAAGCUUGCUGAACUAAAGCAGGAAUGUCUUGCUCGUGGUUUGGAAACCAAGGGAAUAAAACAAGAUCUCAUCAACAGGCUCCAGGCAUAUCUUGAAGAGCAUGCUGAAGAGGAGGCAAAUGAGGAAGAUGUACUGGGAGAUGAAACAGAGGAAGAAGAACCAAAGCCCUUAGAACUGCCUGUCAAAGAGGAAGAACCCCCUGAAAAAACUGUUGAUGUGUCAGCAGAGAAGAAAGUGGUAAAAAUUACAUCUGAAAUACCACACACUGAGAGAAUGCAGAAGCGAGCUGAACGAUUCAAUGUACCUGUGAGCUUGGAGAGUAAGAAAGCUGCCCGGGCAGCUAGGUUUGGCAUUUCUUCGGUUCCAACAAAAGGCCUGUCAUCUGACACCAAACCUAUGGUUAACCUGGAUAAGCUAAAGGAAAGAGCUCAAAGAUUUGGUUUGAAUGUUUCUUCAAUCUCCAGAAAGUCUGAAGAUGAUGAGAAGCUGAAGAGGAGGAAGGAGCGAUUUGGGAUUGUCACAAGUUCAGCUGGAACUGGAACUACAGAGGAUACAGAGGCAAAGAAGAGGAAAAGAGCAGAGCGCUUUGGGAUUGCCUGAUGAAAAGUUCUUGAUGCUUUCUGUUCUCCAGUGGUUUCCGUCACUGAUUCUUCUUGGUCACCUAUAUACCUAAAUGCACAGUCUUGUGCCUAGGUCCUGCCUUGCAAUGAGGGAAUGUGUACCUCAGGUACAUUUGAGAACUCCAGUAGCAGUUUGACUUAACUGCUGUUGCAGCUUGAAAGUUGUCGUUGUGUGGGGUAGGAGGGUUUUUUUUUUUUUUUUUCCUU